AUGGUUUCCCCAGACCCCCAAAUUAUCGUGGUGGCCCCUGGGGCUGAACCCGAGUCUACGCAAGUCCAACGCACAGAGGACGGGGGAACUAUUAUCCGGAUAUUUUGGGUGGGCCCCAAAGGCGAGCUGCUUAGAUGCACCCCGGUGAGCCCGGUCAUGCAGACACCAAUGGGGAUCCGAGUGGGAAAGUCGAUGCUGGUGCUGCUCGCCUUCUUGGCCUUCGCCUCGUGCUGCUAUGCUGCUUACCGCCCCAGUGAGACUCUGUGCGGCGGGGAGCUGGUGGACACCCUCCAGUUUGUCUGCGGGGACCGCGGCUUCUACUUCAGCAGGCCGGCAAGCCGCGUGAACCGCCGCAGCCGUGGCAUCGUGGAAGAGUGCUGCUUCCGCAGCUGCGACCUGGCCCUGCUGGAGACCUACUGUGCCACCCCCGCCAAGUCCGAGAGGGACGUGUCGACCCCUCCGACCGUGCUUCCGGACAACUUCCCCAGAUACCCCGUGGGCAAAUUCUUCCAAUAUGACACCUGGAAGCAGUCCGCCCAACGCCUGCGCAGGGGUCUGCCUGCCCUCCUGCGAGCCCGCCGGGGUCGCACGCUCGCCAAGGAGCUGGAGGUGUUCAGAGAGGCCAAGCGUCACCGUCCCCUGAUCGCCCUGCCCACCCAGGACCCCGCCGCCCACGGGGGCGCCUCUCUUGAGGCAUCCGGCCAUCGGAAGUGA